AUGUUGCUUUCGAUUUACUUGGCUAUAAGAUUAUCUACUAAUGUUCCUGGUAUUGGUACUAGCACUAUUAAUAGCAUUAGUGCCUGGCAUGGGCACUUGCAAAUGCCUACUUUGUACUUUCAUGGGCAUAGUACAAAG